AUCAAUCCUAAACGCAUGCGUUUUCCUAUCCACAGACACUUGAAGACCCGCACCACGAGCCACGGGAGGGUCGGCGCCACGGCCGCGGUGUACAGCGCCGCGAUCCUGGAGUACCUCACGGCCGAGGUGCUGGAGCUGGCGGGUAACGCCUCCAAGGACCUCAAGGUAAAGCGGAUCACCCCGCGCCACCUGCAGCUCGCAAUCCGCGGCGAUGAAGAGUUGGAUUCCCUCAUCAAGGCAACCAUCGCCGGGGGUGGUGUGAUCCCGCACAUCCACAAGUCUCUGAUCGGAAAGAAGGGACAGCAGAAAACCGCGUAGAGCAUUGUUUUAACCAGCCCCUUCCUCCCGUCAUUGUACUGUGACCGGGACAGAAGAAAUAAUGGGGACAUGGGGGGUUUUUAAAAGAGGCAGAUGGAAAAGCUUAGACAAUUACUGUAGACACAUAAGAGACAUUUGUACGUUCUUAGGCUCAAAGUUUGAUAAAGUACCUUUCCACGCAGCAGCGCUUGUGUGGUGAUUGGCUAGGUUUCUCCCGUUGUGUUUUAUACAAAAACGGAAUUGAUAAACCAUUUUUUACAAAAAGAA